UUUAUAUGUUUGCCCUACUGGUUUUACUCGUAAAGAAUUGCCGCCAGUUUCUUCCUUCCUUACAUCAAAACUUGAUUUACAGAGACUGAAUCAAUGGCGUCUUACCCGGUCGAGCUCGUCGACGGCCUGAACGUGCGACUGUUCACGUGGACAGAAAAUCUGCUUUCGCACCGCUUCUCCAAAUGCGGCCUUCUCCUCUUCCGAAUGAAGCGCUCCGUCUCCCGGAGAACCUCUGCCGUUUUCGAGGAAUCCGACGUCCAGCUCUUCGAUCUCGUCUCCCACCCGCAGUACCUCUCGGAGAUGAUCAACGGCGCCGCAAUCCUCACCGGAUUCUUCCUGCCGCAAACCACUCAAUUCCUGGCAGCGGCCGUCUCGGAUUGCUUGCGGGGCAAGUUCAAUGUCUGCGAGGAAACCCUGCUCUGUCUCGGGAAAUCCCGGGCCGUCGUCGUCAUUGACGUGGAGACGAAGAGGCUCGGGCAGGAAAAGGGGUAUCGGGUCUCGACCCGACACGCCCGUUUGUACGAGGAACUGUGUGAGUACGACGAGGAGGACGAGGAGGAGGAAGAAGACGGGGGAAAACAGGGGAGUGAUGAUCACUGUGAGAGAAAUGGAUGGGGACGAGGAGAUGUCGGGAUUGGAUUCCGAAGAGGAUGAGAAGAGUUUCGUGUUGGACGUGUUUGGGGAUCACUAUGAUGAAGAUUACGAGGAUGUUAUAUGUUCGAUCAUGACUUCUUUGAGCAAGACGCCGGAUUUUCUCCGGCGAGGCGGCGGCCUUAUCUGGGACGAGUUUCAGGAAUUCAAGGAAGUCGUGGGUGGACUAAGGAUGUAUGAUUAGAGGUGCUGAAUGGUGAUCGUUCUUGCGGGCGGGGAACUAUUGUGAUUUGUACUUUAAAAUUUGAAGAUUAGAUUUUGCUAUUUGGUUGUUUGUUUCUGUGUAUAACAACGAUUCUCUGCAAUUCUGCAAUCAUGGAGAUUGAUACUCCGUAUUUUUUUGAUUUGUUUGAUUUUCUAUCAUGAAAAUAUACUCCGUACUCCGGAUAUUAAUUCAUCAGAUUCUUUGUUUAAUUUGUU